CAGGAGUCGGAGAGGAUGGCCGGGGCCAGCGGCCAGCACCACCCUCCGGGGGCUGCCGGAGGAGCGCCUGCUGGGGCCGGCGCCGUGGUCACCCCCGCAGCUGCCUCGGCGGGGCCCGGAGAGGAUUCGUCCGACAGCGAAGCAGAACAAGAGGGACCCCAGAAACUGAUCCGCAAAGUGUCCACCUCGGGGCAGAUCCGGACCAAGACCAGUAUUAAAGAGGGCCAGCUGUUGAAGCAAACCAGUUCUUUUCAAAGGUGGAAAAAGCGAUACUUCAAGCUCAGAGGCCGUACACUUUACUAUGCAAAGGACUCGAAGUCUCUGAUAUUUGAUGAAGUUGACCUCUCGGAUGCCAGCGUAGCUGAAGCCAGCACAAAAAACGCUAACAACAGCUUCACGAUUAUCACUCCAUUCAGAAGACUAAUGCUGUGUGCUGAGAACAGAAAGGAGAUGGAGGAUUGGAUCAGCUCACUGAAGUCUGUACAGACCAGGGAACCUUACGAGGUGGCCCAGUUUAACGUGGAACAUUUCUCAGGGAUGCAUAACUGGUACGCCUGUUCCCACGCCCGACCCACCUUCUGCAACGUGUGCCGAGAGAGUCUUUCUGGAGUCACCUCCCACGGCCUGUCCUGCGAAGUAUGUAAAUUCAAGGCUCACAAAAGGUGUGCAGUGAGGGCAACAAAUAACUGCAAAUGGACGACCCUGGCCUCCGUCGGGAAGGACAUCAUCGAGGACGAGGACGGAGUCGCGAUGCCUCACCAGUGGCUAGAGGGUAACUUGCCUGUGAGUGCCAAAUGUGCGGUCUGUGACAAAACGUGUGGCAGUGUGCUUCGUCUGCAAGAUUGGAAAUGCCUUUGGUGUAAAACCAUGGUACACACUGCCUGCAAAGACGUAUACCAUUCUGUAUGUCCACUUGGCCAAUGUAAAGUGUCUAUCAUACCUCCAAUUGCACUAAACAGCACUGAUUCUGAUGGUUUCUGUAGAGCAACAUUUUCAUUUUGUGUUAGUCCUCUUCUGGUUUUUGUCAACUCUAAGAGUGGAGAUAAUCAGGGAGUAAAGUUCCUUCGACGGUUUAAGCAGUUACUAAAUCCGGCUCAGGUGUUUGAUUUAAUGAAUGGAGGUCCUUAUUUAGGUUUAAGAUUGUUCCAGAAGUUUGACAAUUUCCGGAUUCUUGUUUGCGGAGGAGAUGGAAGUGUAGGUUGGGUUUUGUCAGAAAUUGAUAAGCUCAACUUGAAUAAACAGUGUCAGCUGGGAGUGUUGCCUCUGGGGACUGGAAAUGACCUUGCCCGGGUUCUUGGCUGGGGAGGUUCAUACGAUGAUGACACCCAACUUCCCCAGAUACUAGAGAAGCUGGAACGAGCCAGUACCAAAAUGCUGGACAGGUGGAGUAUAAUGACCUAUGAACUCAAAUUGCCACCAAAGGCUUCUCUACUUCCAGAACCUCCAGGGGCACCUGAAGACAUUUAUAUGACAAUCUACGAAGACUCAGUUGCUGCUCAUCUUUCAAAAAUCCUUAAUUCUGAUGAACAUGCAGUGGUCAUAUCAUCUGCCAAGAUACUAUGUGAAACUGUAAAGGACUUCGUUGCCAAAGUCGAGAAGGCAAAUGAGAAAACAUUGGAAAAUGCUGUUGUAGCCGAUGCUGUGGCGAAUAAAUGUUCGGUCCUCAACGAGAAGCUGGAGCAGCUGCUCCAGGCUCUGCACACGGACUCCCCGGCCGCCCCGGUGCUCCCCCUCGUCGAAGAAGACACCGUGGAAUCUUCCAGCGAAGAGUCCUUGUGUGAAAGCAAGGAGCAGCUCUUGGGGGACUCUGCCAGAUCUUCCUCCCAGAAAGCAGUCAAGCCAAAUGAAAUCAUGUUGCGGGCUAAUAGUUUAAAGAAAGCAGUGAGGCAAGUCAUCGAAGAAGCCGGAAAAGCUAUCGAUGAACAGACAGUUCACCCUUGUGAGGCAGUCAAUCAGUCCUUCGAUUAUGAUAGUACAGAAACAGAUGAAUCUAAAGAAGAAUCUAAAGAUGACGAUGCAAAAGAGUCAUUAACUGUUAAAACUGCACCUCGGUCUCCAGAUGGUCGGGCAAGUCGUUCCCAGACUGACCUGGGCCCUGGUUCAACUGUGGCAGCCAGCAAAGAAAACCUCCCUGUGCUCAAUACCCGAAUAAUCUGCCCAGGCUUAAGAGCAGGAUUAGCUGCCUCAAUUGCUGGGAGUUCUAUUAUCAACAAAAUGUUACUAGCAAAUAUUGAUCCUUUCGGUGCAACACCAUUUAUUGACCCAGAUCCAGAUUCACUAGAUGGAUAUUCAGAAAAAUGUGUCAUGAACAAUUACUUUGGGAUUGGAUUAGAUGCAAAAAUUUCAUUAGAAUUUAAUAAUAAGAGAGAGGAGCACCCUGAAAAAUGCAGGAGCCGAACUAAAAACUUGAUGUGGUAUGGAGUCCUUGGAACCCGGGAGUUACUACAGAGAUCAUACAAGAAUUUAGAACAGAGGGUUCAACUUGAGUGUGAUGGACAGUAUAUUCCUCUCCCCAGUCUGCAAGGAAUAGCUGUAUUGAACAUUCCCAGCUAUGCCGGAGGCACUAACUUUUGGGGUGGAACUAAAGAGGACGAUAUAUUUGCUGCACCAUCAUUUGAUGACAAGAUCCUGGAAGUUGUUGCAAUAUUUGACAGCGUGCAAAUGGCAGUUUCAAGGGUCAUUAAACUACAGCAUCAUCGAAUAGCCCAGUGCCGCACAGUAAAAAUCACUAUAUUCGGUGAUGAGGGAGUCCCCGUGCAGGUGGAUGGCGAAGCAUGGGUUCAGCCUCCAGGGAUCAUCAAAAUUGUGCACAAAAACAGAGCUCAGAUGCUCACAAGGGACCGGGCCUUCGAAAGCACUCUAAAAUCUUGGGAAGAUAAACAGAAGUGUGAUUCCGGUAAACCAGUUCUUCGAACCCACUUGUACAUCCAACAUGCUGUUGACUUGGCAACGGAGGAGGUGUCGCAGAUGCAGCUGUGCUCCCAGGCUGCGGAGGAGCUCAUUACGAGGAUUUGUGAUGCAGCCACGAUCCACUGUCUUUUGGAGCAAGAACUGGCCCACGCUGUGAAUGCUUGCUCCCAUGCCCUGAAUAAAGCCAACCCUCGCUUCCCAGAGGGUCUUACGAGAGACACUGCCACUGAAAUAGCCAUGAAUGUGAAGGCGCUGUAUAAUGAAACGGAAUCUUUACUGGUUGGCAGAGUUCCUUUGCAGCUGGAGUCUCCACACGAGGAGCGGGUAUCCAAUGCCUUACACUCCGUGGAGGUGGAGCUACAGAAACUAACCGAGAUCCCCUGGCUUUAUUACAUCCUCCACCCGAAUGAGGAUGAGGAGCCUCCGAUGGAUUGUGCCAAGAGAAACAGCAGAAGCACCGUGUUCCGUAUAGUGCCAAAAUUUAAAAAGGAAAAGGCUCAGAAGCAGAAGACCAGUUCACAGCACGGAUCUGGGGAUAUCGAAAGUGGGUCAUAUGAAGCGAAUUCUCCAGGGAAUUAAAGAGCUUGGAAGGAGCACUCCCCAGUCUGAGGUGUAAUCAUAUUGGUGCUAUUCCUUGGAAGGGAAGUAAUUGCUACUUAAUACAAAGUCUUUGGAAGCAGUCAACUGUUCUUGUAGUUUUCUGCCAAGAUAAGUAAGCACCACUGAAGCACCUCUGUGGCUUGAUAUUUUGCCAUUGGUGAACAUUUUGAUUUGAGGUAUCCGAAAAUAUUUUUGUGCCAAAAAAUACAUUCCACAAAGCCAUUUUCUUAUUGUGCAAACCUGACAUGUUCAUAUUUGCUCAUAAUAGUAAAAAAAAGAAAGGAAGAAUCUGAAACAACUGCAUUGUCGUAAAGAUGAAAUUGCAAAAUGUUUGCUUUCCUUAAACUUGGUCGGGUGGAAUGUUCUCACUGUGCAACCGCGUCGACGGUUUAUGGCUAAAACUUCUUAGGUCGAGUUAUUGGCAGCAUUGGCUUCUUCCUUAAAAUCACUGGUUAGAGGACUAAGAUGUAUUAAGGUGUGUUUGGAAUGUCAGAUUCGUAUCACUUCAGAUUCCUCUUGCUCUGUGGUCAAAGAAUAUGGUUAAAAUCCCUCAAAUACUAUGACUGAAUGCAAAACUUAAUGCACGAGGUUGCUGCCUGAAUUGUCUUUUUCUUGCAUGUCACAUCUAAUAUUGUAACACUCAGUGUUAAUGUCAGUUUUAAUGGAAUUAAUUUAUUACUACCUGAGUACCAUUUUGUUAGCUAAGGGCACUUUUCUGUUCUUUGAUGUAGACUUUGCAUAUAUACUCUGUAUCUGAGAAUUUGUGAACAUGUGUCUGUGCCAUAGUCAACAAAUGAUAUACAUCUUAGGCAAGCCAAUUUUGUCAACCUGUCAUAAACACUAGGUGUGCACAUUAAGAAAAUUCUCUGGACGUUUUCGCAAAAUUACAUGUUUUGUUGUCUAACAACACUAUGCUUUCCAAACCAGAAUUUCCACAUUUGUUCUUAU